GUUAUCAGCUAUUCAUCUACAAUGUUCAAAACAGCCGGACUUUCUGGUCAAUACAAUGAAUACUGCGUUCUAGCGAUUGGUGUUUUCAACUUCUUGGUGACGUCUAUAUCCGUCGUUCUGCUUGAGAAAAAAGGGCGACGAACACUACUACUUUGGCCCACGUUGGUGGUCGCCGUCUCGCUUGCAUUACUCACAAUCACUGUCAACUUGGUCACACAUCUUAAGGAGGGUGUUAUUGCUCAGGCGAUGGGAGUUCUAUCAGCCGUUCUGCUCUUCUGCUAUGUGAGUGGAUUCGCGCUCGGUCUAGGGCCUGUUCCGGCACUCAUCGUUGCUGAAAUAUUCCGCCAAGGUCCCCGGGCUGCCGCCUAUUCACUUAGUCAAACUGUGCAAUGGCUUUCGAAUCUACUCGUUAUCUGCAGUUAUCCAAGCAUUAAC